AGUAACGUUUUUUAUGUCAAGUCGAUCUGCUCGUGUCCUCUUGCUCCUGGAAUCCUCAUCAUUAUUGGACGUUACUCAAAUUUUAACCCAGAUUUUGUGAGCUGGAACGAGGAAUUGGCACAAGCAAAGAUGAAAUACUCAGUUAUACCCAUUGCAUUGCUUGUAAUGCACUGUGCCUUUGGAGAGAGCUCCCACAAUCAUGAAGAUCAUUAUGUGGGUCAUCAGCACAGCCCCGAGCACGACAUGGAUCUCCUAUUGGGAACGGAGGAAGAAGAUGGAAUAAAGAAACUUAGUCCAGCAGAGCAAAGGACCAAAUUUAUGGAAAUCCUGAAGAAGAUUGAUAAAGAUUCUGACAAACAUUUAACCUCAGAAGAGAUCACACUAUGGAUUCAACAUGUCUACAAGAAAUAUGCAUUGGAUGAUGCAGAGGAGCGCUUCCCUGAAUUUGACACCAACAACGAUGGUGUUGUGUCGUGGGAAGAAUACAACAUGGUUGUCCAUGAACGAGUCAUUAAUAUUGAUGAGAAUGCUUUUCUGGAGGAUCCAGAGGAAGAGUCACUCAGAUUUCUCCACUUAAAGGAAAAGAAGCGCUUUGAUUUUGCUGAUAUGGGUGGCACACCAGGCCUUAACCUAACUGAGUUUCUUGCAUUUACACACCCAUCAGAAGUGGAUUACAUGGCUGAUUUUGCCGUUGAAGAUGUGUUGAGUGAAUAUGACACAGAUAAAGAUGGGUUUAUCAGUCUACGUGAAUUUAUUGGAGAUGUUCGAACUAAUGAGGAGGAUGGCCCAUCAAAGUGGGAGAUUGAGGAAACUGUCCGCUUUGACGACCUUUAUGAUCAAGACAAGGAUGGCAAGUUGAACCGAGAGGAGCAGCUCCGCUGGGUGGCCCCUAACAGCUAUGGCUCUGCACGGGAGGAGGCUGUUCACCUCAUCAAAGAAAUGGACCAAGAUGGUGAUGGGAAACUGUCAGAGGCAGAGGUUUUGAAAAAUCAAGACAUUUUUAUGAAUAGUGAAGUAACAGACUAUGGAAGGCAACUGCAUGUGUCACAUGAUGAAUUAUAACUUUUUUUUUUUUUUUAACUGUUAUUGUACAUCACAGUUAAGUUUGGACACGCCUACUUAUUCCAUGGUUUUUCUUUAUUUUUACUAUUUUCUGCGUUGUAGAAUAACAGUGACGACAUAAACUAUGAAAUAACACAUGGAAUCAUGAGGUAACCAAAUAAGUGUUAAACAAAUCAAAAUAUAUUUGAGAUUCUUCAAAGUAGCUACCCUUUGCCUAGAUGGCAGCUUUGUACACGCUUGGCAUUCUCUCAACCAGCUUCAUUAGGUGACCUGGAAUGCAUUUCAAUUUUCAGGUAUGCCUUGUUAAAAGUUCAUUUGUGGAACUUCUUUCAUUGUUAAUGUGUUUGAGCCAAUCAGUUGUGUUGUGAAAGUUUUUUUUUUUUUUAAGCGCAGUCGCAUAAACCAUCAAGCGCUAUGAUGAAACUGACUCUCAUGAAGACCGCCACAGGAAAGGGAGACCCAGAGUCACCUCUGCUGUAGAGGAUAAGUUCAUUAGAGUUACCAGCCUCAGAAAUUGCAUCCCAAAUAAGUGCUUCACAGAGUUCAAUUAGCAGACUUGCCUAGAUAUAUAAAGGUUAAAUAAAUAAAAUAAAAACAGACCCAUCUCAACAUUAACUGUUCAGAGGAGACUGCGUGAAUCAGUCCUUCAUCGUUGAAUUGCUGCAAAGAAACCACUACUAAAGGACACCAAUAAGAAGGAGAGACUUGCUUGGGCCAAGAAACGCGAGCAAUGGACAUUAGACCGGUGGAAAUCUGUCCUUUGGUCUGAUGAGUGCAAAUUUGAGAUUUUUGGUUCCAACCGCCGUGUCUUUGUGAGAUGCAGAGUAGGUGAACGGAUCUCCGAAUGUGGUUCCCACCGUGAAGCAUGAAAGUGUGAUGGUAUGGGGGUGCUUUGCUGGUGACACUGUCAGGGAUUUAUUUAGAAUUCAAGGCACAGUUAAGCAGCAUGGCUACCACAGCAUUCUGCAGUGGUACGCCAUCCCAUCUGGUUGACGCUUAGUGGGACUAUCAUUUGUUUUUCAUCAGGACAAUGGCUCAACAUACCUCCAGGCUUUGUAAAGGCUAUUUGACCAAGAAGGAGAGUGAUGGAGUGCUGCAUCAGAUGACCUGGCCUUCAAAAUCACCUGACCUCAACCCAAUUGAGAUGUUUUGGGAUGAGUUGGACCGAUAUGUGGGAACUCCUUCAAGACUGUUGGAAAAGCAUUCCAGAUGAAGCUGGUUGAGAGAAUGCCAAGAGAGUGCAAAGCAGUCAUCAAGGCAAAGGGUGGCUACUUUGAAUAAUCUAAAAUAUAUUUUGAUUUGUUCUAACACUUUUUGGUUACUACAUGAUUCCAUAUGUGUUAUUUCAUAGUUUUGAUGUCUUCACUAUUAUUCUACAAUGUAGAAAAUAGUCAAAAUAAAGAAAAAUCCAUGAAUGAGUAGGUGUGUCCCAACAUUUGACUGGUACUGUAUAUAUAUUUUCUCAGUUCAAGAAGUCUUACUGAUUUACAUGUAACAUUUCUGAAUGGGUUUUUCAAUGUUUUUAGGGUAUCCAUCUUAUCAAAUGACAACCAAAUUUUAAUGUUAUCUUGGAGGCAGGCUGUCUGUGUUAGCGAACAUCACACUGAAGCUCUUCCUCAUUUGAGUCAAACGAGUUAACUUCAAGCCAUGUCUACUGACUGGGUGUUUCCUGUGUGUGGCAUUAUAAUUUUCACUGGCUUUGAUCCGGCCUCAAAGAACCAUAAGUGCCUUCUUUACUGAAUGCCCUCACAGAGGAUAUCACAUUUGAUCUACUGCUGAGAUGACUUUACAAUUCCAAGAUGUAUUUUGGGUGAGUUCACUUUAAUAUCUUUACUUUUGACUAACCACUUUGAUGCUCAAUCUAUAUGAUCUUUAUGGAUAAGAUCAGGUUGAGGUCAUUUAAAAAAAAAAAAUGCACUGCACAGAGGCUAUCAGCAGAGACAGCUAAAUUAUUUACUGCUUGAUCCAAACUGUAUUGUGGUAACAACACCUGAGGCAGUACACCUGUGUCAGAGGAAGCCCUUUACUAAAUUAAACUUUGUUUUUUUCAUUGGCUCUCAGAUUGUCAUCUUUACAAAUGUUUGUUCUAUGGUCUCACAGCCAACUUCGUUCUUUUUCUAAACAUACUAGACUAAAACUUUAUUUCAUAUGCUAUGAUGAAGAAAUGUACUUGUGUAAUUAUUUUCAAUGUGUGGCAUUAAUACAUGUGCUAGUGUGUUAUAUUUAGUAAUUUAUCUAAAUAACUAGGCCCACAGAACAUUGUUUAACUUAUUCUCUUGGCUGGAUUGCUCAUUUCUGAGUGUCAGUACCUCUAUGCUGAGUUUCCUGUAAAACAGGCUCUUAUCUUUCUGUAUUUGAUCUUCUGACUGUGAUGCAUUGUCAACUGUAAUCUACAAACUACAAAUAGUUUCUGGGUUGAUUUGCAUAGCAGGCUCAGUGCAAUAAUCCCCUUCCAACCUUUGCAAAUAAAAAUGACCUUAUUGUGCA